CCCCGCAUCCCGGGGCGUCGUGCCGUGCGCCUCGGCCCGCUGGGAGCCUGGCGAGGGGCCUGCAGACCCGCAGAGCAAAGGGCAGACCCCGGGCGGGCGCGCGAGGCGGGGUUGGGGGGCACGGUAGGGACCCGGACAAGCUCGCCGGGCCUCUCUAGUCUCCAGACUGCGCCGGCGCCCGGGGCCCUCGCCAUGGAAACGCGCCCCGGCGAGCGGCGGGCCCCGGGGAGGGGGCAGAGACCGGGCGUGGGGCGGGCAGAGACAGGCGGAGACCCCGCGAGACACACGGAGAGCCGGGGACCCCGGGACCCAGACACCCCGCCCCGCGCCCAGCGUCCAGGGGGCUCCGGAGGCCGACGCGAGGGGCCCGGCAGGGGAGGGGAGCGCCGAACCCGGCCCUAGUCCGUCCCUACGGGGACCCGAGACCCCAGAGACCCCCGAGGUCCCCAGACGCAGGAAGCGGGGGCCCGGCGCGCGCCUGGGGAACCAGCCCGGCGACGGACGCGCGCGGCGCCCCCGACGCGCCGAGACAAAGAGCCCCCGCCCCUCGCGCCGCACGUAGGCCGUCGCGGGCGCGGGGUCUCGGGCCCGGCGCGGCCCCCUCCGCUCCCAGCCCUCGCGCGCGCCGCGCCCCUCCGCCCCCGCGGGGGAGGGGCCGCGCUUUGUGCUCGCCGCGCCGCAGCCCCCGCCCCGCGCGCCCGCCGGCUCCGCCCUCCGAGCGCCCGCGCGCCAGCCACGGCCUGUGGAGCCCGCGGCACCAUGAUCGCGACCAAGGAGAAGAAUAAAAGCCCGAAGGACAGCAUGACGCUUCUUCCUUGCUUCUACUUCGUGGAGCUCCCCAUAGUGGCGUCGUCCAUCGUGUCCCUCUACUUCCUGGAGCUGACGGACCUCUUCAAGCCGGCCAAGGUGGGUUUCCAGUGCUACGACCGCGCGCUCUCCAUGCCCUACGUGGGCACCAACGAGGAGCUCAUCCCGCUGCUCAUGCUCCUCAGCUUGGCCUUCGCCGCCCCUGCGGCCUCCAUCAUGGUCGGCGAGGGCCUGCUGUACUGUGCGCAGUCCCGGCUGUGGGGCCGCGGCGGGGGCCCCGGCGGGGCCGAGGGCAGCAUCAGCGCGGGGGGCUGCAGCUUCAACUCCUUCCUGCGGCGCACCGUGCGCUUCGUGGGCGUCCACGUGUUCGGCCUGUGCGCCACCGCCCUGGUGACCGACGUCAUCCAGCUGGCCACGGGCUACCACGCGCCCUUCUUCCUGACCGUGUGCAAGCCCAACUACACGCUGCUGGGCACGUCGUGCGAGGCCAACCCCUACAUCACACAGGACAUCUGCGCCGGCCACGACACCCACGCCAUCCUGUCUGCGCGGAAGACCUUCCCGUCGCAGCACGCCACGCUGUCCGCCUUCGCGGCGGUCUACGUGUCGGUGAGUCCCGGCCCGCCCCCGGCCCGCCCCCUGCCCGCCCCCGCCCGCGCUCUGACCCGCCCCGCCCCGCCCCGCCCCCAGAUGUACUUCAACUCGGUCAUCUCCGACACCACGAAGCUGCUCAAGCCCAUCCUGGUGUUCGCCUUCGCCAUCGCGGCGGGCGUCUGCGGCCUCACGCAGAUCACGCAGUACCGCAGCCACCCGGUGGACGUCUACGCGGGCUUCCUCAUCGGGGCUGGCAUCGCCGCCUACCUGGCCUGCCACGCUGUGGGCAACUUUCAGGCCCCAACUACAGAGAAGCCGACGGCGCUGGCCCCGGCCAAGGACGCGCUGCGGGCACUGACCCAGCGGGGCCACGACUCCGUGUACCAGCAGAACAAGUCCGUGAGCACGGACGAGCUGGGCCCACCCGGGCGGCUGGAAGGCGGGCCCCGGCCGGUAGCCAGAGAGAAGACCUCCCUGGGCAGCCUGAAGCGGGCCAGUGUGGACGUGGACUUGCUGGCCCCACGCAGCCCCAUGGGCAAGGAGAACAUGGUCACGUUCAGCCACACCCUGCCCCGUGUCAGCACACCCUCGCUCGAUGACCCUGCUCGCCGCCACAUGACCAUCCACGUGCCCCUCGACGCCUCCCGCUCCAAGCAGCUCAUCAGCGAGUGGAAGCAGAAGUCGCUGGAGGGCCGGGGCCUGGCAGGGCUGCCGGACGAGGCCAGCCCUGGCCACCUGCGGGCACCGACGGAGCCCAUGGCGGAGGAGGAGGAGGAGGAGGAGGAGGAAGAGGAGGAGGAGGAGGAAGAGGAGGAGGGCGAGGAAGGGGGUCGAGCCCCACCUUCACUCUACCCCACCGUCCAGGCCCGGCCGGGGCUCGGGCCCCGGGUCAUUCUACCCCCGCGCUCCGGGCCGCAGCCGCUGGUGCACAUCCCUGAGGAGGGGGCGCAGGCGGCCACGGGCUUGUCUCCCAAGAGCAGCGCGACCGUGCGGGCCAAGUGGCUCAUGAUGGCGGAGAAGAGUGGGGCGGCGGCGGCCGCAGCCUCCGCACAGCCCCACGUGGCCAACCCACCGCGGCUGCUACAGGUGAUCGCCAUGUCCAAGGCGCCGGGGGCGCCGGGCGGGCCCGGCCCCAAGCUGGCGGAGACCGCCUCGUCCUCCAGCGCCAGCUCCGACUCCUCGCAGUACCGCUCGCCGUCGGACCGCGACUCGGCCAGCAUCGUCACCAUCGACGCGCAUGCGCCCCACCACCCCGUGGUCCACCUGUCCGCGGGGAACGGGCCCUGGGAGUGGAAGGCGGCGGGCGGCGCAGCCAAGGGCGUGGAGGGCGAGGGCGGCUACGAGCUGGGGGACCUGGCUCGCGGCUUCCGCGUGGGGCCUAAGCCGCCAGGGGUGUCCCCCGGCUCGUCCAUCAGUGACGUGGACCAAGAGGAGCCGCGCUUCGGGGCGGUGGCCACGGUGAACCUGGCCACCGGCGAGGGGCUGCCCCCGCUGGGCGCGGCCGAUGGCGCGCUGGGCCCCGCCAGCCGCGAGUCCACGCUGAGGCGCAAGGCCGGCGGCCUGGUGCUGGGCGAGCGCGAGACCGCGGGCGAGGCGGAGGCUGAGAGCUACUACCGCAAGAUGCAGGCGGCCCGGAGGUUCAAGGACUGAUGGGGGGGGGGGGUGGCGCAUGCGG